GUCUAGAUAGUCGAGAUGAUUCAGAUGACGGCGGGCCACGCCGUGCCAUUGACUGUGGAUAGAACGUACGUAGCGAACGAGAUUUGCGUCGGUGAUAAUCGAUUCUCCGCGCCGUUAUCUGGCGUUAUGUGUGGACCGACCCUCACGUCGACCUUCUUUCACUUGGCUACGAACCACCGUCCAUUCAAGAUGAACCGAAACAUCGCGCUCGCCACCGUCGCCGUGAUCCUGAUCCUGGCCCUGUCCACGGUCUACGCGGAAGUCGUACAUUGGACGCCGUGUCCACCCUCCUCCGCAGAACAACUAUGCACCAUACACGAAGUACGUGUCAAUCCAUGUAGCGAAGCCGAAGAAAGAAAGCCUUGUUCUAUAAAGAAGGGUCGCAAUGCAAGCAUAAGUUUUGACUUCACUCCUGAGUUCAAUGGCUCGUUAUCCACCAGAGCAUACUGGGCUUCUGAGAUCGUGGAUUUGCCAUUCUUGGGCAUGCCGCUCAAUGCCUGCACAUCUACCGUUUGCCCAAGCUCACCUGGUCAAAGACAAACGUAUUCAGUGAUUUUGCCUAUCUCUAAGAAAUUCCCUGCGCGAACGUAUGAUCUCAAAUGGAAAUUGUGGAAUGAACUAGAACAAGAGUGCUGUUUUAUGUUCCAAAUUAAAUUGGUGAAGUGAAGUCGUUGUUCUUAAAUCUCUAAUGUAUCAUCUUUCGCAAUGGUUAUAAUUCGCCAAUCAAUAAUUUAAUGAAAUAAACAAUAUAUUCAUAUCA